AUGCAUGGGGUGUUAGAAGUCCCUCUCUGUCUGUCUGUCACACUACAUUAGUCUUGCUUUAUAUUGACUCUCUUUCUAGUUGCAAACUUAAAUUUGUGUGAGAGCAUGGAAAUAGAGGUGAGUAGAGGAGGUGCUGGUAUGGAUGUUGAACAAGGGGUGGCAAGAAAUGAACAAGGAGGAGCCUAUUUGGUUUGGGAAGAUCUGAAUGUGGUUGUUCCAAACUUUGGUAGUAAUGGAGAGAGCAAAAGAUUGCUUCAAGGACUUGAUGGUUAUGCUGAGCCUGGUAAAAUCAUGGCUAUUAUGGGUCCUUCUGGUUCCGGAAAAUCCACCCUUCUUGAUACCCUGGCAGGUAGACUGUCAAACAAUGUUGUGAUGACUGGACAGAUUUAUGUUAAUGGUGACAAGAGGAGACGGGACUAUGGUGUGGUUGCUUAUGUGACACAAGAGGAUGUCUUAUUGGGAACUCUUACAGUUAGAGAAACUAUUACUUACUCAGCUCAUUUGAGACUACCUCCUACAAUGACUGGUGCAGAGGUAAAUGGAAUUAUAGAGGGGACGAUUAUGGAGUUGGGGCUCGAGGAUUGUGCUGAUACCCUUAUAGGAAACUGGCAAUUAAGAGGUGUAAGUGGAGGAGAGAAGAAAAGAGUUAGCAUUGCUCUCGAAAUUUUAGUUAGACCUCGUAUCUUAUUUCUUGAUGAGCCCACUAGUGGCCUUGACAGCGCCUCUGCCUUCUUUGUGGUCCAAGCUCUUAAAAGUGUUGCUCGUGAUGGACGAACUGUGAUCUCUUCAAUUCAUCAGCCUAGUAGUGAAGUUUUUGCACUGUUUGAUGAUCUCUUUUUAUUAUCUGGGGGUGAAGUUUGUUACUUUGGUGAAGCAAAGAUGGCUGUGAAGUUCUUUGAGGAUUCUGGAUAUCCAUGUCCAAGAAAAAGAAAUCCCUCUGAUCACUUUCUACGCUGCAUAAAUUCUGACUUUGAUGUUGUAACAGCAACACUGAAGGGAUCACAGAGAAUUAAUGAAAGGGAAGAUGUAUUGGAUCCGAUGAUGAAUCAGGCAACAGCAGAUAUUAAAGCAUUACUUGUUAAAAAUUACAAAAGCUCUGAAUACCGCGCAAAAACCAAAGCAAAGAUAUAUGAGAUUAAGAACUAUCAAGGUAUUGAAAUUGAAUCCUUCAGUGGAAGUCAAGCAGGAUGGUGGAAACAACUUGUUACAUUGACAAAAAGAUCUUUUGUGAACAUGUCUAGAGACGUAGGAUAUUACUGGUCAAGAAUAGUCAUAUACAUAGUUGUAUCAUUAUGCGUAGGCACUAUCUACUACGAUGUUGGCACUGGUUACACUGCAAUAUUGGCUCGUGGAGCUUGUGGUGGCUUCAUCACAGGUUUUAUGACUUUCAUGUCUAUCGGAGGCUUCCCAUCUUUUAUUGAAGAAAUGAAGGUCUUCUAUAAAGAAAGGCUCAAUGGAUACUAUGGAGUUUCUGUUUUUAUACUUUCAAACUUCUUCUCUGCCUUCCCAUAUUUGGUUGCUGUUUCUUUUGUUACUGGGACAAUAUCAUACUACAUGGUGAAAUUUGGGCAUGGAUUAUCUCAUUACGCAUACUUUUGUCUGAAUCUCUUUGGUUGUAUUGCUGUCGUAGAAAGCUGCAUGAUGAUCAUAGCAUCACUGGUUCCAAACUUCUUGAUGGGUAUCAUAACUGGGGCAGGAGUUUUGGGCAUCAUGAUGAUGACCUCUGGAUUCUUUCGCUUGCUUCCUGACCUUCCGAAGGUGGUUUGGCGGUACCCUAUUUCAUAUAUAAGCUAUGGGUCAUGGUCACUACAGGGAUCAUACAAAAACGACAUGUUGGGGCUUAUGUUUGAUCCUCUAGUACCCGGUGAUCCACAAAUAUCUGGAGAAGACGUGAUUACAAAAAUGUAUGGGCUGACACUUGAUCAUUCAAAAUGGUGGGAUUUAGUUGCUGUAUAUACCAUUCUCGUAGCAUAUAGAGUCAUCUUCUUUAUUAUCCUGAAAGCAAAUGAAAGAGCAGCACCAUACUUGAGGUCUUUUUACGCUAAAAGAAGUCUGUAUCGACUCAACCAAAGGCCAUCGUUUAAGAGAAAACCUUCCGCUAUUUCUAGGAGGUUUUCUAAUAAUCUUCAUUCGUUGUCGUCCCAAGAGGGGCUUAAUUCUCCAAUGGCCUAAUGAAACAAGCUGCAGAACAAGUCAUGGAAGCGGGACGUUUGGCCCUGUACUACUAGAAGUGAAAUGAUUAUUUUUGUUGAUAAACUUUGAUGUUGUGUUGUAUUUCUUCUGCUGAUUUUACUCUUGCAGUAUUACAGAUGAUAUGAUGAAAACUGUUACUACUGAAGUAGCAAAUACAGAAUCUAUAUUGAUUAUAUAGUCGAAGCUAAGAAGCUUGUGAUA